CCGCUGGCCCGGUGAGUCAGUGCAUGUGCGGGGCUGAAGAAGGAAAGAAAAGGCUCCCAGCGCCCCAGCCCCACGCUCGCUGAAUACCAAGCUGCAGGCGAGCUGCCGGGUGUUUUUUUUUUUUUUUUUUUUUUUCCUCCUCCAAUUCAGAGUAGAGGAGCCACACUGAUUUCUUUGCAGGGGAGGGGAGGGGCCGGGCAAGGGGUCCCAAGUCGCACACAAGUCUUCGCUGCCAUGGGGGCCGUCAUGGGCACCUUCUCGUCUCUGCAAACCAAACAAAGGCGACCUUCUAAAGAUAAGAUUGAAGAUGAGCUGGAGAUGACCAUGGUUUGCCAUCGGCCUGAGGGACUGGAGCAGCUGGAGGCCCAGACCAAUUUCACCAAGAGGGAGCUGCAAGUUCUUUAUCGAGGCUUCAAAAAUGAGUGUCCCAGUGGUGUGGUCAAUGAAGAAACAUUCAAGCAGAUCUACGCUCAGUUUUUCCCUCAUGGAGAUGCCAGCAUGUAUGCCCAUUACCUCUUCCACGCCUUCGACACCACCCAGACAGGCUCCGUGAAGUUCGAGGACUUUGUAACUGCUCUGUCGAUUUUACUGAGAGGAACCGUCCAUGAGAAGCUAAGGUGGACAUUUAAUUUGUAUGACAUCAAUAAAGAUGGAUACAUAAACAAAGAGGAGAUGAUGGACAUUGUCAAAGCCAUCUAUGACAUGAUGGGGAAAUACACAUAUCCCGUGCUCAGAGAAGACACUCCAAGGCAGCACGUGGAUGUCUUCUUCCAAAAAAUGGACAAAAAUAAAGAUGGCAUCGUGACUUUAGACGAAUUUCUUGAAUCCUGUCAGGAGGAUGACAACAUCAUGAGGUCCCUCCAGCUAUUCCAAAAUGUCAUGUAACUGUGAACCCAGCCAUCUGGCUCUCAGAGACGUUGUACUGAACAACCACUUCUUAACACCUUGCUCUGCCCUCGUUCUGAUUUUACACACCGACUCUUGGGACAGAAACACCUUUUGCAUUUUGAAAGAAUUCUCCACUGGAGACUUUCUAUGGAACCCAGCAUCAUAUGGCUCAGUCUCUGAUGGCCAGCUCUUCCUUCUCCGUCUUCUUGAGAGAGACAAGAUGAAAUUGGGUUUGUUUUGGAAGCAUGCUCAUUUCUUCACACUGCUGCCCUAUGGAAGGUCCCUCUGCUUGAGCUUACAGUAGUGCACACUUUUUUGCUUGCGUGCCCCAGCCCACUGCCUCCAGCAGACCUUGAUGCGUCUGGAAGCAAGAUGACCUGAGCCAAAUGCACACCAUCCUUUGAUGGCCUCCCAAACCAACGUGCCUGUUUCCCUUCUUUUGGUGGGAAGAAUGAGCAUUACACAGAACAGUAUGAAUCCGUAUAUGACUAGAUUGGGAGAGCCAGCACCUAACAUAUGUAGGCUAGAACUGAAUUCUUAAGCAUGGCAUUGUCUGGUGACACAAAUUGCCCACAUCCUUUGUUUCCAGAGGAAAGAACCAAUAAUUCUCUCUCACAUUGGCAUCUGUGCUGGUAAUGCAAGUCCCUUAAUGUGCCCAGGAAGAGAGCCAAUGCCCAGUGGUCCAUGCCCUCACUCCAUCUCCUGCUAGAGCCCAGCACUGCAUGCCCCUCCCAGAAAGCCCAGAAUGCCUGAAAAUUGCUGUAAUUUUAUACCAUGUUCUAAUCAAUAAACAGAAC